ACUAGCACAUGGCGUCAAAACGAAAUAGUAAACCUGUGACUGAGUAAUCAUCUGUGACCAGCCGUUGUUGUUUGUUGUGAGGUUCUGAAAUUUACAAAACUGAAUUACAGUUUAUUGUUUUCAGUUUAGAAAUGAAUAGGAAAUCGGAUAAAGUCUCUCCAACCUCUGCAGAAGGCGAGGAAGAAUUUUUUGUGGAGAAGGUUCUUGAUCGUCGUGUAAGAAACGGCAAAGUAGAGUACUUUUUGAAAUGGAAAGGUUAUUCGAACGAAGACAAUACAUGGGAGCCUCAAGAGAAUUUGGAUUGUCCAGACCUAAUUUCAGAAUUUGAAGAAAAUCGAAAGAAAAAGGAACAAGCAAAGAAAGAAGAUAAGAAAAGGAAGUCUAGUAGUACCCCUGUAGAAGAUAAAAAGCCAGCUAAGAAGAAACAAAAUGACGAAGACAAGAAACCCCAAGGUUUUGAACGAGGUUUGGAGCCAGAACGUAUUAUAGGAGCUACAGACUCGAGUGGAGAACUCAUGUUCCUGAUGAAAUGGAAAGGGACUGAUGAAGCAGAUUUAGUUCCAGCAAAGAAGGCAAACAUUACUUGCCCCCAGAUUGUCAUCCAGUUUUAUGAAGAACGCCUUACUUGGCACAGUUCUACUCAUGAUGAAGAUGACAAAGGUGAAGAGUAAAGACAGUUCUCCAGUUGGUAUGUGUCGAUAGGCAUUGCAAAUGACUGAAGGCCAAACUCGCUCUCGCUUAUCGACUUCUGGACUGCAGAGUUAUAAAUGAGGGUAAUUGUUGAGACUUCAUGGAAAUUUAUUAACAGUGUUACAAAUUUACAAUUAUAAACAAGUUCAUAUAUCACUGUAAAAAAAUUUUGACAAAGGCAUGUCAUUAUAUUCUGGAUAUUUUCAUUUACAUAUUAAUUUAAAAUUUAAAAAUGUUUAAAAUUUAUGUUUCUAAAAGUGGGUAUGCUGCCACCAGGUAAAACCAUAUAACCUAGUCAGUUAGUCAUUGGAUCUUGAGAUUUUGAUUAGCUCUUUCCUUUUAAUCAGCUGACUGGGUUGUUUGGUUUUCCUAUUGACACAAGUAGAGUAAACUUCUGAAACUAUCACCCACUGAUUUUCUUUAUUAAAAUCAAUCAGUGGUGAAACAUCUGAUGCUGCUUUUGCUUGUGUAAUAUUUCAGUAUCAAGUUUAAUUUCUAUUGCCGAGAUUCACGUACAUCGCUCCUAACAUUCACCAAUAAGACACGUCCUAGUUCUUGACACUUCAUCUGUGUGAACAUUUGCUCACAGUGACAGAGACUGACACAUACUGAUUAAAUAUUCUCUGAUAUCAGGGAAAAUGUUUUUCAUCAUGCAGGUUAACAGGUUUUCCAAAAAUGUACAUGGGCUCCACAAUACACAUCAUAGUGCUGCAAACAGCCCACAGGUUGAGAACCCCUGUAAUGAAAACUGCUUAUGCUGACAGGAGGGGGAGUUGGUAAACGAUUGACAAGAGAUGCACUAAUUUAAUAAUUUUGCUUAGUGAUUCAUUGCAUAUUCUCAUAGCGAAGUAUCAUGUAAGAGCAUCAAAUUAACUUUUUUUUAUAAUAAACAUGUUUAAAUGUUCUAGUAAAAUGUAUAGCUUCCUUACCUCUGUAUUUACAAAUUAACAGUUUCAUAAUAUUUCAGCUUUCAUCUGUGACAGAUUUAAGAUGUACACAGUUGCUGUUGACAUUGUCAUACCUGUUAUAAGUAGACAUGAGAUAGUGUUAAGAGAUAGCCCUCCUGUAGCAAUCUUACUUUGACACUUGUUCAGCACCUUUGCACUGGUAUACAAAAAAAUUACAUCAUUAUACACUGAUUAAUUGGUAAGUGUAAAAAGGUUUUGAUAUGUUCCCACAAAAAUUUACUAAUGUAGUUCUCAAAGUGUAAAAGUAUUACUCAAGUUGUAAAAAAAGGUACUGUAUUAUGUUUCUAAUGUGAAUCUAUAAUUAUUAGAUUUUAAAAUGUGAGAACCUAAAAUAUUCAGUGUGUUAUAUUAUCAUACUGAAUUAAUACAAGGUUAGUACUGAUUUAUUGUACCAUCUAAAAUAGUAAAGUACAGUAAAUAUUUUAAUCAUUCCAUUGAA